AUGUCGAAGCGGCAGCUCGAUGAGGCCGAGAUUGGCGCCAGUUUGCCUGCCGAUGGCGGAGACAGUGGCCGCAAAAAGAGCAAAAAAAUUCGGACAAAACUGCCUUGCCAAAGAAAAUUUUCCAGCACGGAUUUUAUUAUAACAGCCAGUAUUGAUGGGCAUCUGAAAUUCUGGAAGAAAAAGCACGGCGAAGGCAUCGGAUUUGUCAAGCAUUUCCGCUGCCACUUACGUUCGUUUUUUUUUUUUUUUUUGAUUUCAUUAGUGGAAAUCCUCGCCCCGUUGAAAAAAAAUCCAUAA